AUGGGGAACUGCAGCGGCCAGCCCUCAUCACACACCGAUCCUCCGGUCGCCGCCGGAGGAGGCGGCGGCGGUGUAGUCGUAAAACCUGCCACCUACACGCCAGCGCCGGCGAGGCCGUCGGCCCCGGCGCCUCCUCCUCCUGCUCCUCUCGUCACCGGUGGCAUCGGUCGCGUGCUUGGUCGGCCGAUGGAAGAUGUCCGCGAAACCUACAGCUUCGGUCGCGAGCUCGGCCGCGGCCAGUUUGGCGUGACCUAUCUCGUCACGCGCAAGAAGACCGGUGAACUCCUCGCCUGCAAGUCAAUCGCCACGCGGAAGCUAGCAAACCGCGACGACGUCGAGGAUGUGCGGCGCGAGGUCCAGAUCAUGCACCACUUGACUGGUCAUCGCAACAUCGUCGAGCUCCGCGGUGCCUACGAGGACCGACACUCGGUGAACCUGGUUAUGGAGCUCUGCGAGGGCGGGGAGCUCUUUGACCGGAUUAUUGCUAAGGGGCAUUACUCGGAGCGUGCUGCUGCUGCGCUUUGCCGGGAGAUUGUGACUGUUGUGCACAAUUGUCAUUCCAUGGGUGUGAUGCACCGUGAUCUGAAGCCAGAGAACUUUCUGUUUUUGAAUAAGGAGGAGAGUUCCCCACUUAAGGCUACAGAUUUUGGGUUAUCCGUCUUCUUUAAGCCUGGAGAAAAGUUUAAGGACCUUGUUGGAAGUGCUUACUAUGUAGCUCCUGAAGUAUUGCAACGGCAUUACGGACUAGAGAUUGACAUCUGGAGUGCUGGAGUGAUACUCUACAUCCUUCUUUCUGGUGUUCCUCCAUUUUGGGGAGAGAGUGAGCAGGCCAUAUUUGAUGAAAUUUUACGUGGGCAUCUUGAUUUCUCUUCUGAUCCUUGGCCUUCCAUAUCUAGUAGUGCAAAAGAACUAGUGAAGAAAAUGCUAAGGCCAGAUCCAAAAGAUCGGCUAACUGCAGUUGAAGUUCUGAAUCAUCCAUGGAUUAGAGUUGAUGGAGAGGCAUCUGAUAAACCGAUUGACAUAACAGUGUUAACUAGAAUGAAACAGUUCAGAGCUAUGAACAAACUCAAAAAAGUUGCUCUGAAGGUCAUUGCAGAAAAUUUGUCUGAAGAAGAAAUUAGGGGUUUGAAGGAAAUGUUCAAAUCUAUGGAUACUGACAAUAGUGGUACAAUAACUUAUGAAGAACUGAAAGCUGGUCUACCCAAACUUGGUAGCAAGCUCUCUGAAUCGGAAGUUAAACAGCUAAUGGAAGCGGCAGAUGUCGAUGGGAAUGGGACUAUCGACUAUAUUGAAUUCAUUACAGCUACAAUGCACAUGAACCGGAUGGAAAAAGAAGACCAUUUGUACAAGGCAUUUGAAUAUUUUGACGAGGAUCGGAGUGGAUACAUCACUGUGGAGGAGCUGGAGCAAGCUCUGACAAAGUACAAUAUGGGUGAUGCGAAAACAAUAAAAGAAAUUUUAGCAGAAGUUGACACUGAUCAUGAUGGAAGAAUCAACUAUGAUGAGUUUGUAGCCAUGAUGAGAAAAGGAAAUCCAGACAUCGGUCAACCGAGAAGGCGCAAAUAAACAUUCAAGUAUUUUUUUUUAUUGGAUUUUUAUUUCUUUUUCGUGAUUCAGGUCUGUCUGUGCCAUCGAAAAGGUUUUGAGUUCCAUUAUGCCAAGAGAUAUCUUUCCAAUUAUUAAUCACAUACGAUACCCUUUGUAAGUCUGUUGCUAUUGUAGCACUUUCUGUAUCUUAUUUUAAGCUUUUGUUUUCUCCUUGCAGCUUA